AUGGGUACUACUAGUCGAGAAUCCCCAAGAGCAUGGGCGAACGCGAUCGUCGGUCUCUUCUCUCGGAUGCUCGAGGUCGGAAGGCCUCCGAGGCUGUCGAUGAAGGUGAUAGGUUUUUGGGUUUGGCUGGAAGGCCAUGGUGGCCUUCCAGACCUUCUCACCACAAUCGCCCACAGGAGCGACAAGAUCCUCCAACUUGUGGCGGCGGAGGCUGAAACCAUGGUGUCCUUCCUGUCGUCCUCCACCGCGACUAAGGAGGACAUCCCUGCCCUCCCCGUCACCCUCGACAUAUCCCACAACGAGUUCCCACUCGAUGGGAUAGUCGCGGGGAGGGAGCGGGUGGCCAAUGAGAUAGAGGAGAUCUGUGAGGGGACCUUGCAUGAGUUGUUGGAUGGUGUUUUGAGGGAGAGGAAGAUCGACAUCACCUCCGACGAAGACGAGGAAGGAGAAGAUGAUGAAGAGGAGGACGAGGAGGAGAAGAGUGAUGAUGGUAGGGCGGCGACGGCGACAGGAGGAGGAGGAGGAGGGAGCUUGGACCCUAAGGCACGAGCGUGGAGCCCAGAGAGCGGACGUGCACCGGUGGAGGAUCGAUGCUUGUACGUGACUUUCUCCAUCGGCGACCCCUUGUCGGCUGACCAAAUUGAGCGCUUUUUCACUCGGAGGUAUGGGCGUUGCGUGGAGAGGGUAUAUAUCGACCGGGGGGAACCGCCGAUGUACGGCAAGGUGUACUUCCGGGCGUCCUACAUUCCGGCGAUGAUACUCGGCGGUGAAGAUGAAGUCAGGUUCUCUGUCGCGGGGAAGUCUCUCUUUUGCAAGCGCUUCCGCCGCCCAGGCAACGAAGACGAAUGA